AGAAUUCUCCAGAAAGGAAGUGGAAACAACCUGUGGUUAUAGACUCUACAUUGUGCUGAAACUUGUAGUUUGAUCGACACCAUCACGAAUGACACAAUGGAUAAAGUCUUUUUUCUUUGUAUAUUUUAACUGGAUCAUGACAAUCAAGUCUAAUGGUGUACAAGGAUCUUUUGACGUGUUAACGGUUCAGAAGGGAGAAGACAUCAAUCUCAACUGCAGCAUGAUAGGCCGAUAUGAGAUCGCUUGGUAUCACCUCAGUUCAGAAGAACAUAUUCUACUGAUUUCUGUGAAGAAAGACAAAACAGGAAAUAAUCUCCUGACCAACUACAAUCAAAACAGUACUCGACUGAAAAUUGCCACAGACGCAUUGAUCACCACAAUCUCCUUAAAUAUUUUAGGAGCAAAAGAGUCAGAUUCAGGCAUAUAUUCCUGUGGAGCAAAGAAAAACACUCCAGAGAUGUUCUUCGAAAAGCUCAUCAGACUCGAGAUCAAGGGUCUGUUUGGAACAGAAAAGCCAAAAGAAGUUGACAUCACAGUAUUGACUACGAAAGAGAGGGCAUUGAUGUUCGGUGGUGUUGGUCUGGCUAUUGCUGUGUUUUUCGUGGCUACAGUCAUCGCAGGAGGAAUCAUUCACUAUCUUGGAUGGCAGAAAGGAUGGGCCGCAGCUAAACGUUCAUCUCUGAUUCAUCACAAAUCAGCUGCAUAACUUCUAUUUCUGCUUUAUUUCGCAGUCUAACUCAAUAUAUUCUCGAGCGUUUGCUUUGCGUUGCUGUAGUUCGACACAAAUGAAUAUUGAAAGUUUCACUCAGAUAUCUUUCCCUUUUGAAAAGCUGAGAUAUUGCCUUUUUCAACAUCAGUUCAAUUUAAGCAGUCAGUAAUUGUUGUGGUUAUUGUUCAUGUUUGUUCGUUAAUUUGUGCUUAUCAUAAUUAUUUAGAUUUGCAGCGUUUAUUAAAAUAACAUACACAAUCAGCAUUCAAACUUAAAGUAGCAUGUUUUACAAAAAUGUAUAUACUGUAUGUGUAACAUGCUUGAGCGUCAGACUAUAUCGCAUAUUUAUCUAGAAAAACCUACCUAUGUAAAUAAGCCUAAAAGCUAAGUCAAAGAGAAAAUUUGAAAAUCAUAUGUUUUAUGGCACAUAAACAUUGUUUAAAGCUGUUUUAUUAUCAAAUAAACAGGUUAAACUACGAAAUCUAAAUU